AUGAGAAAAGAGGCGGUUUUCUACGACCAGAUGUGGGCUAGAAAGGAGAGAAGAGCCCAGGAUGGUCGAGAACAGUACAUCGCGAAGAUCAGCUUGAGCAGGCAUAGGGGGGGGGGGGGGGGUGGGGGGGGGGGGUGUAGUGUUAUGGGGGGGGUGGGGGUGGGGGGGGGGGGGGGGGGGGUGGGGGGGGGGGGGGGGGGGUGGGGGGGGGGGGGGGGGUGGGGGGGGGGGUGGGGGGGGGGGGGGGGGGGGGGGGGGGGGGGUGGGGGGGGGGGGGGGGGGGGGGGUGGGGGGGGGUGGGGGGGGGGGGGUGGGGGGGUGGGGCUGGGGUUUGUGCCAUUCUAA